UCCCAAGUGUGAACCAGUUCUGAAAACUACUACACAACACUGUUAAAUUAUCAAGCCGCAUUUUAUUUAUUGUAGACAACUUUGAUAAUUUUCUAGCAUAUGAAAUAUGGAAUUAUAAAUUGAUUUCCGAUUUCUGUUGUUGGUGUUGUUUUUGUGAUUUAACAUUUGAAAAAGUGCUGCACUAACAAGUGCCCAAAACCGCCACAACGGCCGAAUCAAUGAAUAAAACGCCUUUGGUGCCGGCAACGCCAACCAGCGCAAUGACAUCGGCCCGGGAUCUAAUUAAAAUUGAUAUAGAAUGGGGCAUGGAGCGUUUGGUGCGCGCCCAACAGGUCGUCGAGCUGCGUCCCUAUGACAUCGAGUCGUGGUCGGUGAUGUUGCGCGAGGCGCAAACGCGACCCAUUCACGAGGUGCGCAGUCUGUACGAAUCUUUGGUGAAUGUGUUUCCCACAACGGCCCGCUACUGGAAGCUGUACAUUGAGAUGGAGAUGCGCAGCCGCUACUAUGAGCGUGUCGAGAAACUCUUUCAGCGUUGUCUGGUCAAAAUUCUCAACAUUGACCUGUGGAAGCUAUAUUUAACCUAUGUGAAGGAGACCAAAGCCGGCCUAAGCACACAUAAAGAGAAGAUGGCGCAGGCGUAUGAUUUUGCACUGGAAAAGAUUGGCAUGGAUUUGCAUUCGUUUAGCAUUUGGCAGGAUUACAUUUACUUCUUGCGCGGCGUUGAGGCCGUUGGUAACUAUGCGGAGAAUCAAAAGAUAACCGCCGUUCGUCGCGUCUACCAAAAGGCGGUCAUCACGCCCAUUGUGGGCAUUGAGCAACUAUGGAAGGAUUAUAUUGCCUUUGAGCAGAACAUCAAUCCCAUCAUCUCGGAGAAAAUGAGUCUGGAGCGUUCCAAGGACUAUAUGAAUGCACGUCGCGUGGCCAAGGAGCUGGAGUAUCAUACGAAGGGCCUAAAUCGUAAUCUGCCCGCUGUGCCGCCGACGCUGACCAAAGAGGAGACCAAACAGGUGGAGCUGUGGAAGCGUUUCAUCACCUAUGAGAAAUCGAAUCCAUUGCGCACCGAGGAUACGGCGCUGGUCACACGUCGCGUCAUGUUUGCCACAGAGCAGUGCCUGCUGGUGCUUACACAUCAUCCGGCUGUCUGGCAUCAGGCAUCUCAAUUUCUGGACACCAGUGCGCGCGCUCUCACCGAGAAAGGCGAUGUGCAAGCGGCGAAAAUCUUUGCAGACGAAUGCGCCAACAUUCUAGAGCGUUCCAUCAAUGGUGUACUGAAUCGCAAUGCGCUGCUCUAUUUCGCAUACGCGGACUUCGAGGAGGGUCGUCUCAAGUACGAAAAGGUCCACAGCAUGUACAACAAGCUGCUCACGUUGCCCGACAUUGAUCCCACCCUGGUUUAUGUGCAGUACAUGAAAUUCGCCCGUCGCGCUGAGGGCAUCAAAUCGGCUCGUGGCAUUUUCAAGAAGGCACGCGAGGAUGUGCGUUCGCGGUAUCAUAUUUUUGUGGCGGCCGCAUUGAUGGAGUAUUACUGUUCCAAGGACAAGGAGAUCGCAUUUCGCAUCUUUGAGCUUGGGCUCAAGCGUUUCGGCGGCAGUCCUGAAUAUGUCAUGUGUUAUAUUGAUUAUCUCUCCCAUUUGAAUGAGGAUAACAACACGCGAGUGCUCUUCGAGCGUGUCCUUAGCUCCGGUGGCUUAUCACCGCACAAGAGCGUGGAGGUAUGGAAUCGCUUUCUUGAGUUCGAGUCCAACAUUGGCGAUCUGUCCAGUAUUCUGAAAGUGGAGCGACGACGUAGUGCGGUCUUUGAAAAUCUAAAAGAGUACGAGGGCAAGGAAACGGCACAGCUCGUGGAUCGCUACAAGUUCCUGGACAUGUAUCCCUGCACCAGCACCGAGCUCAAGUCCAUUGGCUAUGCAGAGAACGUAGGCAUCAUUUUGAAUAAGACGAUCGGUGUCGGCAGCGGUGCAAAUAGUCACAACAGUGGCGAUGCCGAUGGAGAUGGGGAGGCGACACAGCCGCUGCCGCGACCCGAUUUUUCACAGAUGAUACCAUUUAAGCCGCGCUCCUGCGCACAUCCUGGCGCCCAUCCGCUCGCUGGCGGCGUCUUUCCGCAGCCGCCUGCCCUGGCCGCUCUAUGCGCCGCUCUGCCGCCACCAAAUAGCUUCCGUGGACCGUUUGUCAGCGUAGAGCUGCUCUUUGACAUCUUUAUGCGUCUGAAUCUGCCCGAGUCUGCACCCCAACCGAAUGGCGACAACGAUCUGACGCUGAAGAUAUUCGAUUUGGCCAAGUCGGUGCACUGGAUUGUGGACACGAGCACGUAUACGGGCGUACAGCAUAGCGUUACGGCAAUGGCGCCGCGCCGACGUCGCCUCCUCCCCGGCGGCGAUGAUAGCGACGAUGAGCUGCAGACAACGGCGCCGCCCACCAACGAUAUCUAUCGACUGCGACAGCUCAAGCGAUUCGCCAAAUCCAACUAAACCAAUCCAGUCAAGCUGUCUGCCCGAAAAGCAAACAUUUUUUUAGAACAUUUUUUUUUUCUCUCCCCACAGCCUUUUAAUCCUUUAACAAUUGUAUCAAGUACAAUGGCAACAUAAGUUCAUAUAAAAUAAUAUAUAAAAAAAG